AUGGCGGUUGAAUGGACCUAUCGCAAUAUCGCCGCAUUUGGGGGAGACCCAGAUCGUAUCUCUAUUUUCGGACAAUCUGCCGGUGGCUCUUCAGUCGACUACUACUCACAAGCCUGGAUCGACAAUCCCCUUGUUGCAGGAUUGAUUUCGCACUCUGGCACAUCGCUCAGUUUUGUCCCUAACACCGCCGAACAAUCCAGCAACAACUUCUUCACGGCAUCAAAAGUUCUUGGUUGUGGAGAUGAGAAUUCUGAUCACGAGGAAGUUGUGAAAUGCGUUCGCUCGAAGCCAUAUCGCGACGUGGUGAAGGCGAGUGCCAAGGUUCCUACAGCACCUUCACCUACGAUUCCACAAUCGGUAUUCCACCCGACUGUGGAUGGUGUUACUGUGUUCGAUGACUAUGCAAAAAGAUCUGCUGCGGGAAAAUUUGCGCCGAUACCAUAUCUGAUCACCAGCAACAAUUAUGAGCCCGGCUACUAUCGCGUGAGUGCAUACGCAGCAAACAUCUCUCGCAGCAACAGCGUAUGGGAUAGAUUCAACGACGCAGCCUUCACCUGCCCUAGCGGUGCAUCCGCAAGAUAUCGAGUUGAUAACAAUGUUCCAGCCUGGCAGUCCCACUAUUUCGGCGACUGGGACAACUUGCGUCUCUACGAUGGCAGUGGAAGCUACCACGGAGCUGAUCUCCCAAUGCUGUUCGGAACCGCUGAACAAGUCAGUGGAAUCCCGAAUAGCGACCAAGAGAACGAAUUUGCCCGUUACAUGGCUUCCGCUUGGGUGGCUUUUGCGAGUGACCCACACCAUGGCUUGACCAAGUUCGGGUGGCCUCGUUACAAUCCUGAUGAGAAAACACUUGUUGGGCUGGCUUACAAAUUUGGUACUAAUAGCAAGCUUCUCCGGCCUUCGGAUGUCGAGCAGGGUUGUGCUGCUUUGAUGGGAGAUAGUACCCCUGGAAAAGGUGCAUUUUAA